AUGGCAGGCGCAGGAAUAACCCAUUCAACGUUUCCCUUCAUUUUUCUUCUUAUCCUGGUCUCAACAACUGCUUCUGAAGACUUGAAUGAAAAGCUUUACAUAGUGUACAUGGGUGAUAAACAAGAUUACUCCCAAACAGCAGCAGCUACGUCCCACUUUUCAUUGCUUCACUCUCUACUUGGAAGCCAUGAGGCAGCACAGAAAUCUUUGGUUCAUAGUUAUUCGAAGAGCUUUAACGGAUUUGCAGCUUGGCUUUCAUCAUCUCAUGUCCAACACCUCUCAAAUGUAGACGGUGUAGUUUCGGUGUUUGAAAGCAAAAAUAUUGAACUUUUGACGAGUAAAUCAUGGGAUUUUGUGGGACUACCUCUGACUCAACAAACCAAUCAUUUGGAAUAUCAAAGUGAUGUAAUUGUUGGAGUUAUAGAGACAGGAGUAUGGCCGGAAUCAGAAUGUUUUAAUGAUGCUGGAUUGGGCCCCGUUCCCUCUAAAUGGAGGGGAGUGUGCCAGACAACACCCGACUUCAAAGCUUGCAAUAAGAAAUUAAUAGGUGCAAGCUUUUAUUAUAAGGGCAUUGGAUCUCAACCACCUGCAGGUGAAUUUGUCUCUCCAAGAGAUUUAUCUGGGCAUGGAACACACACCUCUUCCAUAGCUGCUGGAAGCAUUGUCAGAAAUGCCAGCCUCUUUGGACUAGCCCAAGGAGACGUACGUGGGGGAGUACCUGGUGCAAGGAUUGCGAUAUACAAAGUUUGUUGGUUGAAUUCAUGCAAUUGUGCAGAUAUACUUGCCGCAUUUGAUGAUGCAAUCUAUGACGGUGUGGAUGUCAUUUCUGUUUCACUUGGGGUUGGGAUUCUCAAGUAUGACUACUUUGAAGAUUGCAUUGCAAUAGGAGCAUUCCAUUCUAUGAAGAGAGGAAUCUUAACAUCAAACGGUGCUUGUAACGAUGGCACUUUGGGGUCUGUUUGCAAUUAUUCCCCCUGGUCUCUGACAGUGGCUGCAAGUACCAUUGAUCGCCAUUUCCAAUCACAACUUAAUUUGGGAAACCGAAUGUCUUUCGAGGGGCAUGCUAUAAACACGUUCACAAUGGAGCAGCCUUGGUAUCCUUUAGUAUAUGGAGGAGACGCUGCUAAUGUUACUGGCGGAUUUUCUUCAGAUGACUCAAGUGCUUGUGGGUUAUAUUCCCUAGAUCGCAGCACAGUGGAAGGGAAAAUAGUACUUUGCCACAUGUCAAACCUCGGUGAUCUGCCAGAUGGUGGAGUGUAUGUCUCUGGAGGGGCAGGUGCCAUAAUAAUGUACGAUACAAUGAAUGAUACAGCUUACUCGUUCAUGGUUCCUGCCACAGUUAUUUCAUCUGAACAGGGAGAGGUUGUCAAAUCUUACAUCAAUUCCACAAGGUCUCCUAUUGCAAGUAUAGGAAAAAGUGUAGCUGAGAAUGAUUUACCUGCACCUAUAGUAGCUGAAUUCUCAUCGAAAGGUCCCAACCCAAUCACACCAGAUCUUCUGAAGCCAGACAUCACUGCACCAGGUGUAGAUAUUCUAGCGGCUUGGUCAAAUGCUGCACCAAUGAGCAUGGAUCCUUUGGACAAAAGAGUAGUGGAUUUUAACAUACUAUCUGGAACAUCGAUCGCAUGCCCUCAUGCCACAGGAGCAGCUGCCUAUGUCAAGUCAUUUCAUCCUGACUGGUCUCCUGCUGCUAUCAAAUCCGCUCUCAUGACCACAGCAUCAACAUUGGAUGCAACAUUAGAUGGCAAUGAAGCUGCAGAAUUAGGAUAUGGUGCAGGGCAGAUUAAUCCCCUCAAGGCCAUCAAUCCAGGUCUUGUGUAUGACGCGGAUGCAAAUUCUUAUACCAACAUGCUAUGUAGCCAAGGAUACAGUGAAACAUCUUUACGCUUACUGACAGGAGAAUUUAUUAGUUGUUCUUCAAAUUUAUCUAAAACUGGAGUAUGGGAGCUUAACUAUCCUUCUAUAAUGGUUACUAGCAAUGCAAGUGAACCCAUUUUUGCUAAGGUUCCAAGAACAGUUACAAAUGUAGGACCUGCAAAAUCUACGUACCAAGCGAAAAUAGAUGCACCCUUUGGAAUGAACGUGACAGUGGAACCAGAUACACUCUCUUUUAAUUCCUCCAACCAGAAGAUGUCAUACAAUGUGAAAAUUGAAAGUCGAGAGGUAUCAAAUGAUAAGGCUUUACUCUCAGGUGCAUUGACUUGGAGCUAUUGCAAUUACAGUGUGCGCAGCCCCAUUCUUGUAUAUUAUAAAGUAAAACACUAA